GGCACGUCCUUGCCUCCUCGCCCUCCUGGAGCACGAAUUGGCAGCGGCAGUUCUUGUCCCAACUCUCUGCGGUCAAGUUCAUUCCAGCUCUGUCCCGCCCCAUUCUCCUCUGUUCAGAUUUGCCGACCUCUCCCUCCGCACCCACACGCCCUAUCGCUUUGGCAACCGAAGUUGCCCACCGCUUCCGAGAGCCGAUCCGUGUGAACGCGAAGACCAUGACCAGCACAGCAAUGCCGGCGCCACUGGACCAAAUCAUGCAUCAUCUUCCGUCGAUCGCCUUGAGCGCGAUCACCGCCGUGGUCGCUGUCGCUGUGAGCCAGGCUUUGAGAUCAUACGACGCCUGGGGUUUCGUGGUCGUCGGCCUUGCGGCGAUCGCGGCUGGCACAACAGGAGCCUUUGCCUGGUACUGCUGGUCAAUGAAGCAGCAGCAGUUGACGACGAAACAGAGAAAAGCGAAGGAGUUUCUGGAGACCCUCCAUCUCGACUCGUACUGGACAAAGUUCCUCGACAAGGGCUGGGACAGUAUGGAGCUGAUCCUCGCAAUGGACGAUCUUGCCCUUCAAGAUGUGGGGCUUCAGUUUGGCCACAUCUCCAAGUUCCAUCGGGCAGCCUCAAAGGCAAAGUCUGAGCUUUUUGACAAUGCGGCCGAGCCGACCCUCCCGGCACCGAGUCCAUCGGACCAGAUCGAGGUCUACAGCGCACCGAAGCAGCCGUGUCCUAUCAGUGUUCCUGCCAUCGCCGCUCCGUCAGAGAAGGAGAUGUCCGCCGAGCCCAGUUCCAGGCCCGAGCCUCCACCGCCUGUUUCGCAGCGGUCUUCGCUCAAACGGCAUGGCAUUCAUCCUCCUUUUCUCGCGGCGCCUGUAGCCACACCAGUCAUCAAUGUGAUGGGUCCGGCGGACGUCCUGGCGGUACCGGGCGAGACGGCGGCGGGUGGGGCCCAGUUUCCAAGGGUGGCCCUCUCUCCGAGCGUCGCCACUCUUGUUGCAGGCAGCAACAUAGAGAUCACAAGUCCGAAAGAGCAAUACUCCGACGCCGAGCCCAGCAUCGACAAUCAAGAUGCAGCAGCAGUAUUCAAGGCGGAUGGCUUGACGCCUUUGUCGCUUGAUUUGACGGCCGAUGCUCUGGUGAGCCAAUUGAAAAGCGGGCCUCAGCCAGACUCUGCGGUCCAAGUCUCGCCAAGUCAAGGAAACCCGUGCUCCCCUCCUCCGAUGUCGAUAUCCAACUCGGAGCGCAGUUUGGACACAAUCAAGGACGGCAGCAACCAAGUUAGUGGUGCGAACGAGUGCCAACGGGAGGGAGACACCGCCGAUCCAGUCGUAUCUCAAGAGCAUGUGCUGGAUGCGACGAAGCAGAUCCGGGACCUCGAGGUCGCCGACUGGCGAUGUGCGAACCAGGUGUGCGACCAUGACUUUUUCAUGAGCUAUCGAGUCCGGAACGACAAGGAAUCUGUGCGUGCGCUCUAUUGUGCCAUGAUGGCCAAGCCCCACAGCUACCACAUCUACUUUGACGAGCUGUGUCUAAACAAUGGACAAGACUGGGAAAUCGGAUUCAUCAACGGACUCAAGCGAUCCAAAGUCAUCUUGCUCUUCGUGUCCGAGGGAGGGCUGGAGCGGAUGAAGCUGGCCCACGAGCAGCCCGAUAACUUGUUGCUGGAGUGGGAGCUUUCUCUCGAUCUCGAAAACGCGAUUGUCCAGCCGAUCCUCAUCGACCAGAUCGUUCAGAUCGACGACGAGACCUACUCCAAGCCGUUCUUCCCUCUUCUCAGCGAGUUUCCCGACAAGAUGCCGAUCCAUCCGCGCAGCUCCAGGAAAAAAACGAUUCGGAGAAUUCUCGAGGACUUGAUGAAGAAACAGGCCGUGAAACUGUCGUACUCUGGUGGUGCUCGUCAACUGGUGUCGUCUGUGUUGGAGCUGCGUGCCAAACUACAGCAUGCUUGUGAAUCCAAGACGACUGAAAAGCCAGCGAUACAGAGCUUGAUGUUGACGGCCAAAGAAGAAACCCAACUCCUCUCGCUCCUGCGACCCUUUCACCAAACUGCCGAGCUCCAGGCCCAGCGCGAGCUAUACGCCAAAGACACGCGGCUGUGGCUAUGUGAAGAGGUCAUGGAGUGGGUCGAGAAGGGACAGGGCUUGCUCUGGUGGAUCAUGGGCGAAAGUGGCAUUGGCAAGUCCGUGUUCAGUUCGCUGUUGAUUCACGAGCUCAAGGCACGCGGCCAGCUGGCAGGGUAUUACUUCUGCAAGGGCAACCACGAAGAGCGAAGCAGAGUCCGCAAUCUGAUCCAGACCCUGGUCUUUCAAAUGGCCUUGUGGAAUGCCGCAUUUGGGCGACAGAUCCUGUCGAGCGGAUGGAGUCUGUCGGGGAUGGAAUGCUUGAACUCGGCCGAUCUGUUCGGCUGCUUGAUUACCGGCUCACUCAGACAGCUCAGAAAGAAUGGACAGAAGGACAAACUCAAAGGUGUCUUUGUGAUCGAUGGGCUGGACGAGUGUCCUGAACGAACGCAACUACUUGACAUCUUGACGCGGGACGGCGCAGAGGCAUCGCUGUCGGGGCUCAAGUUUUUGCUGACAGCCCGGUCGGAUACGGGCAUCCAGGGUGCAGUCCCGGCAACGGCACAAACCGUCCUGGAUCCACGAUCAAGCAGGAAUAGAGAAGACGCCAUGAUCUACAUCGUCAGGCAGCUCAAGAGCCAUGUUGAUCAAGCGGACAUCAGCGCCGUGGCUCAGCAGAUGCUGGAGCAGUCCAAGGGCAAUUUCAUGUGGAUCCGGCUGGCAACAGACACUCUUCUAAAACAAGACGAGUCCCAGAAGAAAGGAGUCAAAGCCAAGAUCGGGGCCUUCUUCAAAAACAUCCGAGACAAGAGUCCACUGUCCCGAAAAAGGUCAUUGCUGGAUGAUUCUGACCGCGAGCCGCGGAUCCGGCUGACCACGGGACACUUGCAUCCUUUUCGCAAGCUGGACAUUAACCAGCUUUACGGACGGAUUUUUGACGCACUCUUUGAGAUCCCACGCGACGCCCCAGCGAAGGCACCAGAGCGCGAACAGCUCCAGAGCCUUCUCCGGGUCCUUGGUGCUGCAAUGGAACCCAUGAGAUUGCAGGUGCUCAUGGACUUUACCGGCUUGAGCCGGCAAGAUAGCAAGAAGUACAUUCGGAAGCUCAGCCUGGUGGUUUGUCCGGAGAUCUUCCAGAACUGGAAUGCCAACGUCGUUGAGUUCAACCACAGGCUUGUGACAGACUUUCUGAGCAAUGUUUUCCUGACAGCCAACAAAGAAUACAGCCUCGUCAACGGCUACCACGCCCAGAUGGCAAUCGCGUCGCUCGAGCUGAUUCUGAAGCAGCCCAAGCCAGCCAACAUCUGCGGACUCAAGAGAAAGCACGACGAGAUUGCCGACAUUGACGAGCUCGUCGAACGACACAUCUCGAGAUCAGUCAAGUACAGUUGCAUCUACUGGGUUGACCACAUUGCGCGCGCAAAGGAGAUGAACAAGCUGAACCGAAGCCAGGAAGGCCAAGUGUGUGUGCUGGUGCGUCAGCUUCUUUCAUCGCAUUUACUCUACUGGAUCGAAGUGCUGUCACUCGUGAACGAGCCUACGAUGGCGCUGCGAAAGCUCCAGCAACUCAAGAGACUCCUAUUGUUCGACUCGGCCCGACAGCCUCUGGCUGCGCUGACGAACAAGGACAGCGUGGUCGAUCUUGCAAUUCGACAGCUUGUGGUGCACCAGGAUGCGAUCGCCCAGUUCGCACCCGAGCUCUAUGUGGUUCUGGGAAACUGCUUCGUGGAGCAUACGGACAGUUGGUCCAGCCCACGUUGUCUGUGCGUCCCAUACGCCCUGGAUUUGGACGAUCAAACGGGGUCAUUUAUCGCCGAACGAAUGCGGCGCGGUGCGCGAAUGCCCAUGGAAUCGGCCAUGGAGGAACGCAAGGGAGACGGAGGGGGGUCUCGAGCUGGACGCCCAUCGCGCCACCCAUGCUGCCCAAACUGCGUGAUGCUCUGAGGAAUCCGAGAGAAUACACCCAAGCGCAGGUUCUUGGAAUCUGUGGUGAGAAAA